AUGGCGCCAGAAGACACCAUUGACGUUGGGGUCGUCCAAUGGGAGCAGCCCCCUGCGAGCACGAAUCUUGUCUCCUCGGUUUGGACCCCCUUGGGCUUGGCGCUGAUUUGCUUGCAGGUCUUCGUGGAAGACGAUGCGGCGAGUGGGCUGCCAUUGCAAUUGGCUGAUGCAGGCCGGGAGGCGAUCGAAUCGAGGACGGGUCUGGUUGGGUCCUGA